AUGCAAAUGUUAAAGGACCGUAAACCGUUAAUAGCGGAAAGACACCAAGGCCGUGGCAGUAUGAAAAUUUGCACCAACUGUUCCGGCUUCUUCCAAAGAAAAACAUUUCACAGACAUCAUCAGUUGUGUCGAAGCAAAUUUGGUAGUCCUGCUUCUGCGACGGGUUUGUGCGUCGAAUCCAUGGUUUGUCAUGGUGAUGAAGCAUUUGCUGACUUGCUCACACGAUUUCAAAAUGACGAAAAGGGAAAUUUAUGUAGACAGGAUGAGUUAAUAAAGACUGUCGGCCGAAGCCAAUUUCAGAAACACCGAAAGAAAACUGAAAAGAAAUCAGAAUCGAGGAAGGCCGUAAUGGCGAAUAUGAGAUUGUUGGCAUCCCUUUUUGUCGAAUUCAAAUCGUGUGCAACAAAACAAAAUGUAAAUGUAUCGUCGGAGAAUAUGCUUCGACGCGAGUAUUUUAUGAUUUUAGAAGAAGCCAUACAAAAUAUUGCAACACACGAGGAUGGUGCAUUAAAAUCGGGGUUAAUGGUCAAUAUUGGAAAUUUACUCAAAAUGGCUGCCAAAGUAAUGAAAGGAACCCACCUCAUGAAUUUGGAUGACGAAAAAGCGGAACAAAUAGAAAAGUUCGAAGCUGUUUUACAAUUAAGAUGGAUACGAAAUUUUGGCGAUGCCGAAUACCAGGUUGUAAAAAAUAGACAAUCUAAACUAAGAUUGCCAAGUGAGCUACCUAUUGAAAACGACGUGACACAGAUUCGAAAGUACACCCUUGAAACGAUGCAGCGAGAAGUCAGUGAUGAUUUGUCAUUGUGGGGCCCCGAAAAAUUCAUAGUUGUCCGUAAUUUGGUUAUCUCCCGUUUAACGCUUUUUAAUGCUAGGCGAGGAGGCGAGCCAAGUAGGUUGUUGGUGAGGCACUGGGAAGAGGCAAAAAGGGAACAAUGGAUCGAUAAGCAACGUCGUUCAAAAGCAAUUUCGCCGAUGGACAAGUUUCUUAUGGAUAAUUUUAAAGUAAUAUAUCACGGUGGGAAAGGCAUUUCUCAUCUAGUCCCAGCACUUGUGCCGCCUGACUGUGUCGAAGCAUUAGACGCGCUUUCAGAUCCAGAGAUACGGCAGCUAUGCGAUAUAAACAAUAAAAAUGAAUUCCUGUUUCCCAGUACACGCCAUUCUAUGGAUCAUGCCAGCGGCUGGCACUGUACAAAGGAUGUCGCUACUGCUGCGGGAAUAAAAACCAAUAUUACAGCUACACAAAUGCGGCACAGAGCAGCAACUUUGUAUGCCGAACUCGAUGUACCCGAAAAUUUCAGGGAUGCUUUUUUUCGUCACAUGGGACACUCCAAAGAAAUAAACAAAAACGUUUAUCAAUGUCCACUGGCAGUACAAGAAAUAACACAAGUCGGAUCAUACUUGGCUAAUAUAGAUGGAUUUUCACUUCCCCAAGGUAAUCUUCAUAAUAUUGCACCAACACCUUCUGAAAAACAUAGUAUCUCUUCGUUCGAAGAAGGUGAAGAAGAAUUCAGGGAAAGAGAAACUUCAAUUUCUACGCAGUUGCAAAAUACUACUCAAUCAUCAUCCGGUACGUCCCUAUGUGAUGAAGAAAUUAUAGGAAAAAAACGAGGUUAG